GAUGGCAACAGCCGAAGACGAGUUACUGCCACCGCGGCUUCCCGAGCUGUUUGAAACCAGCAAGCAGCUUCUGGACGAAGUCGAAGUAGCGACUGAGCCCACCGGUUCCCGGAUAAUCCAAGAUAAGGUGUUCAAGGGACUAGACCUCCUUAAGAAGGCUGUUGAAAUGUUAGCACAGCUCGACUUGUUCAGCCGAAAUGAAGAUUUGGAAGAGAUUGCUUCCACCGACCUGAAGUACCUGCUGGUGCCAGCAUUUCAAGGAGCGCUCGCCAUGAAACAAGUCAACCCCAGCAAGCGUCUAGAUCAUUUGCAGUGGGCUCGAGAACACUUUUUAAACUACUUAACUCAGUGCCAAUACUAUCAUGUGGCAGAGUUUGAGCUGCCCAAAACGAAGAACAACUCACCUGAUAAUAAUACUGCUAGUUCCUCCAUGGCCUAUCCUAGCCUCGUUGCAAUGGCAUCUCAAAGACAGGCUAAAAUAAAGAGAUACAAGCAGAAGAAGGAGGUGGAGCAUAGGUUGUCCGCACUGAAAUCUGCUGUGGAAAGUGGUCAAGCAGAUGAUGAGCGUGUUCGUGAAUAUUACCUCCUUCACCUUCAAAGGUGGAUUGGUAUCAGCUUAGAAGAGAUUGAGAGCAUUGACCAGGAGAUGAAGAUCCUGAGAGAAAAAGACUCCUCAAAACAGGUACCAACUUCUUACUCACCUCGUCAGGACAGGCCUCCAAUGAAACCCUUCAUUCUCACUCGGAACAUGACCCAAGCCAAAGUAUUUGGAGCUGGUUAUCCAAGCCUGGCAUCUAUGACAGUGAAUGACUGGUAUGAUCAGCAUCGGAAAUAUGGAGCAUUACCAGAUCAGGGCAUAACCGUGACAACACCAGAAGAGCUCAAAAGAACUGCUCAGGAACAUGAAGAUCAGGAACAAAAGGAGGAAGAAGAUGAUGAACACACACUCCACAGAGCUCGGGAGUGGGAUGACUGGAAGGACACCCAUCCCAGAGGGUAUGGCAACCGACAGAACAUGGGUUAGUCUUCCCACAAGACGGGACUACAGGGGUUCACACCUUCUGCAACAAGGAAAGCCGUGCUGUCUUCCUCUCCCUGGACUCCUGCUUCAGCUGUGUUCAAUGAAGGAAAAGAUGCUUAAUCUUGCUUUGUGUUCAAUAAAGUGUCAGCCAAUUUAAGUAUGUAUUUGUACUUUAGGUGAUGAGCCAGCAAUCUUGUUUUGGCAUUAUCAUCCUCAUCAUGGUGUAUUUCCAAUUUCUUAAGUAGAAAGACAAAAGUACUGAUAAAUUGCUCUGUAUAAUCAAUGGCUGUAUGAAUUAUCUUUAAAAAAAAUAAUAAAGUCCCUUCUAUUACA